AUGGCAAACAGCUCCAAAAAACGUAUAAUGGUAGAAACGAAAAACUUGUCAAAAGACCCACCUCCUGGGAUUAGUGCAAUACCAGACGAAUCCAACUGCAGAUAUUUCCAAGUAGUUAUGGCUGGACCAAGCGGUUCACCUUAUGAAGGAGGCUUAUUCAAAUUAGAGCUCUUCCUCCCUGAGAACUACCCAAUGUCACCCCCAAAUGUUAGAUUCCUCACUAAAAUCUACCACCCCAACAUUGACAAGCUGGGGAGAAUAUGCUUGGAUAUAUUGAAGGACCAGUGGUCACCAGCCUUGCAAGUCAGAACAGUCUUGUUGUCUGUUCAGGCAUUACUCAGCAGUCCCAAUCCGGAUGACCCACUUGCCAAUGAUGUUGCUAAUAUGUGGAAGAGUAGGGAACAAGAAGCUGUGAUGAAGGCAAAGGAGUGGACAAGGCUCUAUGCCAUGGAAUAA